CCGCAACCGGCGGCGAUGGGGAAGGCGGCCAAGGGCUCGCGGAAGGGGAAGAAGGCGUGGCGCGCCAACAUCCGAACCGACGACAUCGACGAGUUCUACGAGAAGCAGACGCGCGACGCCCACGCCGGCGCCGCCGCCAUCCCCUCCCUCCCGUCCGACUCCCUCUUUUUCGUCGACAAGCCCGCCUCGGCGUCCACUUCCGCCGCCGCCGACCCGGCCCCCCAAGAUGUUCCUGUCAAAAGGAAGAUUGAGAAGAACAGGGAGAAGGUUCUUUACCACGAGAGCGUGUUGAAGCGGAACCAGUACGUGCAGCCAGUCCCGUCUUCUUUGGUGUCAAAGAAGGAUAAGAAGAAGUUCAAGAAGCACGCAAAGAAGAAGGAAUUGAAGGAAUCAAAGGAGGACAAAAGUGUUCCCAUGGAGGAGGAUUCAACCGAGCCAAACCUUGACAUCUGGGGUGGAGAUGGUAAAGGAGAUGCUUUGCCUAAGAAGGGGAUGAAAAGGUCUACUACGUCUGUUAUUCCUGCGGUUGAAGUUGAGCCUCCAGGGUGUUCAUUUAAUCCUAAAUUUGAAGACCAUCAAGACUCUCUUGCUCAAGCUGUUGCUGAUGAAAUGCGUAAGAUCUACACGAAAGAGUUAGGCCCCAAACCAGUGCCACUCACUGUUCUUGGCGAAGCAGUCGCUGAAGAAGAUAAAUUUUUCCUUGAUGCUGCUGAUGAUGGAGAUGGAGAUGCUGCAGAAGGUGACGGAGAUGGAGUUGCUGCAGAAGGCGACGGAGAUCAGGAUGCUGAUGCUCUAGCUGGGGAGAGGAAGAACAAAACAAAACGAGUUACAAGAGUAGAACUGAACAAAAGAGCUCGUCGUAAGGAGAGGUUGAGGACAGAAGCAGAUGCAAAGAAAUUAGAAGUUCUUUCGAAGCAAAUUGACAGCUUGCCUAAUAUAAUAGCUGAGAUAGCUAAAGAGGAUGAGGAAAAGGAGAAAAUGCACACGCGGCGAACUCUCGCUAAGGAGGAAAGACUUAAGUCAGCCCCACGCCGUCUGGGCAGACACAAAUUUGAACCAGCUCCAGUUCAAGUUCUGUUGACAGAGGAGAUUAGUGGUUCUCUUAGACAGCUGAAGGGGUGCUGUAAUCUAGCGAGGGAUCGCUAUAAGAGCAUUGAAAAACGUGGUAUGCUUGCACCAAACAAGAAAAUAAGCAAGCGUCGUCGUCGCUGAAUGCAUGGUGUACGUCCAGUACGUUGUGGCAACCUGAUCGGGUAGUCCUGCCAAAGAGAUGUACUGCAAGGCGAAGGAUGUGGUGGUUGCUGAAGAAUUGGAGGACAAGCGCCGAUGACCCUAUGUUCUAUGGAAGGCAGACAUAUGCACAAUUUUGCUUCGUUAGUUUUCAGGGGGUUACCAUCACAUUUGAAUUUUGUUUGCUCCCCCUGGUGUACCUGCUGGAAUGCAAGUCUAUGUCGGACUUUGUAUCUUACUAUACAUUGUAAUAGAACACUGUUUUUUGAUGGCAAGUAUAAUACCAUCUCCUUUAUUAAUCUGUAUUUCAAGUGCUGGUAUAAAAGAAUGUGGGUUCUUGUUCAUGGCAA